AUGCAUCUCAGAACUAAUGCGAUCAAUGAGAUCAAAAGUCGCAUGACUGCUCUUGAGAACUCAUUGUCCCAAUUAAUCGCUAUCCAGACCAAGCAAACGCCUAUCAGCCCAAGGGAUAGUUGCACGUCAAGGAAAAGAAAUCGAGCUGAAGCUUUUGAUGAAGCUGCAUACCUUUCCAGAGAGUUGGCUCCACCUUUUGCUUAUGGGAGUAGUGUCUCACAUCCCACCCCUCCUUUUUCAGCUGCUGAAGCCCAUACAUUGAUCCAGGAAGAACUUAGUCGCACGACUGGGCUGAACUCCUCGAAACAAGCGGUCUUUCGUUCAGCACUAUCAUCGUUGAAAGAUAUUCUGAACACGUCAUUGGGACACGCGCAUGAUUUCGGCGAAAUUGAUCUAAACAAAUCAGUCAAACCGCAUAUUACUAUCAUGCAAUGGAUGUUACAAUCGACCGACUCUGGACGAGCCGUGUGUUCUGGUUCCAGCUUCAUGCCCUUCACCUCAAGAACGACAAUUGCAAGAAUGUGUCGAAUAAUAGUUGAAGCAGACAUUGAGGACACGAGUCUUGCCAGUCUGAUUUGCGUAUGUUCAUAUGCGGGUUACUUCAUCCAAGAGAUUGUUCUUUCAGUGCAUAGAGAUAACAGUGGACUUGAGGAUGAGUUUCGCCGUGAGGCUUUAUACUACUUCGAAACUGCGAGAAUAGCUACCGGCCAGUUCAUAAAAACCAGUCCUGCUGCGAGUCUGAGUAAUCUCCAGGCUUUGACAUAUGGCGUUCUUCUCGCUCAAGAGGUGGGAGAUUACGCCUCUGCAUGGGCAAUCAUUGAAUAUGCGAGCAAGAUGUGUAUGGAUAUGAACCUACAUAAAUCUAUAUAUCAGCAAGCAGAACAAGCUGAUGAAGCAUACUAUUGCUUCGCUCUUUGCUACAAAAACGAUAAAGGGCUCGCAAUGAAUCUUGGCAAAACUGGAUUCCUUGCUGACUCGAGUAUCGAGGUUGAUUUAUUACGUCCACCAAGUGCGAAGGCAGAAGUUCUGGACAACUUCAGAAUAUAUCUAGAGCUUUCCAUUAUUCAGAGUCGUAUUAUUAGUGAUUUACGCCCAGCCCCCCCAAAGAGCAAACCAAAGAUUAUGGACAAACUGGUUGCGGCAAUGCAGUCAAUCUGGCAAUUGAAUCUUGAGCAUCAGAACAAACGCAAAAGUAUUGUCAGCAAAUGGGACUUUAAGUUAGAAUCAGAAAUGGUCAACUUUGCAUUUUAUUCGGUGCAGACAGUGCUUUUUCACUCGGGUGCAGCACGGAUUCAAAAUCGGGAAUAUAAUUCGGCAUCACUUAGAGCUGCAAGAUUGGCUUUGAAUGCCAUCCAGAACUCUAGGAAGCUGUCGGAGCUGUCCCAGUAUAAGAGUACUUACAUGAGAUUGUCACUCGCUUACUGGACCAUUCUCCACUAUCCUUUUACAGCAUUCUUUGUACUAUUCUGUAAUAUCGUAUCAACGAGGCAUUCCCCUGACUACGAAAUGAUGCAGGAGUUCGUUGCCUAUCUGGAAGAUGUCAAAGAUAUCAGCGUUUCCGUUGCCAAGUUAUAUAAACUUUGCAUCCCGUUUUGCUCUCUAGCUUCUAGUGUUCUGACGACGAGGGACGAGCAACAACCAUUAUCACCAGAAGGAAAUCACUAUGAACCUUCAGAUACUGUACCGUCUCCGCCAGCACCUCCCUCAAAACCUAGCCCUCAACCUCCUCCAUUUCAACGUCUUUUCGGGUCACUAUCGCAACAUAGUCCAAUUUUACAUUCAAGUCAAACGAAUCAACAAACACCAAAUGCCACAUACAACCAGGAAUUCCUGUGGGACUUUACAGAUACCCAGCCAAUGCUACAAUGGCUUGAGUCGGAUUUUUCAGCAUUGGAAGAUAGCUGGGGUAUAGACUGGAACGCCUAUCCCCAAUAA